GCAGGAUCUCAGCCUGAUGUGGAAGCAAUGUCUGAGCUUCUACUAACGUCUCCCGUCGUACCAGACACAGAAGCCACAGAUGAAAUGAAGGAAAUUGACUUCCAACCAGCAUUAUUUGCAGAAGAAAAACAUGAUUCGGACAGUGGAAAUGAUCUUUCCAGCUCCAGCUUGGACAGUCAGUGCUCAGCAACAAUUUCCACAGAUGUUCCAACUAUAGAUAUUCUUCCCACAGAAGUCUUCAACUCAACACCAAAGAAAGAAUGCCCUCCUAAUGUAAAUACACUAGACUUGAGUCAGUCCCCCGCGGACGAAGGUGAAGUAACAGCAUCAGACAGGAGCAACAUACAAGAGGAAGUAAAGGAAAAUGGCACAUCAGACAGGAACAAAAUACAAGAGGAGGUGAAGGAAAAUGGCACAUCAGACAGGAACAACAUACAAGAGGAGGUGAAGGAAAAUGGCACUGUGAAUUCCCCGGAGACCCCACAAGAAGAAAGCAAGCCCAGUGAAGAGAAGAAAACUCUGGAGGUAGAGCUGAAUAAAUGUAUUGAAGAAUUUCGUAAAAUCAAAAUCCCAGUGGAAUUCCCUAACAAGAAAAGAAAUUGGCAAAACGAUCUCCUCAGGAAAUACCAGCUUUGAGUAGAACUGGUUUACCAUGCUCAAGCGAGUGGAACGUGACUUUCUCAUGUCAGUCUAGGAAUACCCAUACAUUACAGCUUGUCUGUACCCCAUAGUCUUCAGUUGUGCUUUAAGAACCAAUAAGACCUAUGUAUGUCAAGAUCUGUUUUUCCAAAGCAUACCUUGGUAACACUGUGUCAUAGGCAUCCUAAAGAAGGAACCCUAAAUGUCUCACUUAAUAGCAACAGACUAUAACUUGGAUAUUGAGAUUACCAUCAAUGUAUUAGUUUGAGAAGCCUUUUUAAGCGUUUGCUAGAUAAAAUGACCAAAAUAAUCAUUUCCAAAAGCACUCCAAAUCAUCGCCCUUGCAUGAAGCCAUACUCUGAGAAGCAACCUGCAAUGUUGUAUAAUAGUUUGGCUGUGGUGGAUAGAAAGAAGCUGGCAUCUUUACAAGAAAUAAAAUUAUAUUUAAAUAUAUUUGGACUGGUGGA